UUAUAAAUAUUAUAAUUGGCAUAAAGGCCCACUCUUCGAAGAAUCCAUGUCCAUACUGUGAGGCUUUAAAGAGCGAGCUCGGUGUAGCAAACGGAACCGCGAGAACCAAAGGAAGUAUAAACGAAAAUUGCACAAGAAAAAAGAAAUUGAAUGGAAAGAACUUCGCAAGCUGCGUGAAUGCCCCGUUGGUCUCGGGUAGUGAUGAAGACAAAAUCGUGAACCUUUGCCCGCCUCCACCGUUACAUAUAACGCUUGGAAUUAUUAAUACAAUUUUUAAGUCACUUGAGAAGAAAGCACCAGACUGGGUAGACUUAUGGGUGGAACAAGCACAGGUGAGACACCAACAGAUGACGUACGGUUUCACCGGAAGAGCUUGCCACGCGCUAUUGGAUGCUACCAAUUGUUUGGCAGACAACCCUGAACUUUCAGAUUACGUUACGGUUCUGAAUAACUUCAAAAACGUGUAUGCAAAAUGCUUUUCCUUUAAACUCGAGCAUGGGUUUGAGGAGGCUAUUGCAGAUUUUGCCAGCAGCUGGGAGAAGCUGAAUCUUCCAUUCACAUCUAAAUAUCACAUUACAAAGUACCAUGUGGCGGAUUUCUGUCGAGAAGCCGGAAGAGGACUUGGGCUUCACAAUGAGCAAGCCUCCGAAUCCGUACAUGCUGAUUUUGAUGUGAUUUGGCAGCGAUAUAAAGCUCCCAAAUCAUCAAAGGUUUAUAACGACCGUUUGUUAAACUCUUUGAUUGAUUACAACAGCAACCAUAUGUGUUAGUUUUGAGUUUUUAAUAUGUUCCAUUCAUUAUUUUUAGUUGUAUUGCUGUUUUAUAGUUUACUUUUACUUUUUACUAUUUCACUGUUUCCCUUUCCUACUAACCAAUAAAAGCACCACUGAUUUGAAAUUCAUUUUCCCCCAUAACUUCACGGAAACAAUAAUUUAAACUAAACUUAAACCCCUAAUAAACCAUACUUAUAAUACACUUAAGCCAUGUUUGGAGAGUUAAGUCAGUUGUAAAUAAUCAUAAUUUUAUCAACGGCAACAAAUACAUACUGGUUGGAAAUGACUUGGACCACUUUUUUGACGUUUUUGGAGGUUUUUUGAUGAUAUUGAAUAAUUUGAAUAUGAAUUAUUUUGAAAUUUCUCAACAAAAACCUUAAAAUCAAGAUUUCUCGGAUUUUCUGCUAGGGAUUUUUUUUAAAAUUUACCCAGAGGUGCAGAAUGACCUAAGGAAUCGAGCCCCGUACUUGGAU